AUGACAUCAUGUACCAAUGAUUCACCUUCUACAUCUUCUCCAACUCCAUCUAUCGAACAAUCACAAUUAGUACAAUCAGAAACUAGUGAAACAACAUUUGUUCCUGUUGAAGAACAAAAUCAUAAUGAAAAUAUUUUUAUAUCCGACGAAAAGAAAACUACGAAUGAAAUUGAAAUACCAACAAAAUCGGAUACAUCGGUACAUCCAUCAGUUGUUGAACAACCAGAAGAAUCUAUCGCUGAUCAAUCAUCUGAAUUGUACGUCGAUACAGAUAGUACUAUGUUUGAUACAUCGAAAGACACAGAAAAGAUUCAACAAGAAGAGGAAGAAGGACAACAACAAUCUAAUUCAAUUUCCAUCUCUGACGAUUUGAACACUUCUCUAACGAAAACUUCUGUACAGACUUCAUCUAUUGAACAAUUGCAACAUAAAUUAAAACCAUCACGAUUACGUUAUGAUCGUCAACAAUUACUUGAUUUAAAAAUGGCACCACCAAGUAUGACUAAACCAGAUAGUCUACCGGAUAUUGAAGUUGUAUUAAGCAGACCGCCACCUCAACAACGUUUCAACGUUUCUACAACUUUUCGUCCAUCUAAAGAACGUUCAAAUCCAUAUCCAAAUCCAUAUCCAAAUCCAUAUCCAAAUUCAUAUCCUAAUUCAAUUCCAAAAGAUACUCUUAAAUUACAUACAGUAGAAAAUCCAUUUAUACGAACAAAUGAAAGUCAAUUAGAUGCGACAACAAAAGUUAUGAGAAAAAUACGAAUAAUAUUGAAUAAAUUAACACCACAAACAUUUGAAAAAUUACAAAAACAAUUAAGUGAAUUAGAAAUUAAUCAACCAGAACGGUUACAGGGAAUGAUCGAUAUAUUUUUUUCAAAAGCUGUAGAUGAGCCGGGUUUUUCAUUUAUGUAUGCUAAAUUAUGUAAACAAUUUCAAAAAAUAACAGUAACAGUACCAGAUGAUACUGGUAAAUUUGAAACAUAUCAUUUUCGCAAAUUAUUAUUAUCAAAAUGUCAACAUGAAUUUGAAAAUGAUUAUCGUCAAGAAAUUAGAUAUGAAGAACGAAAACAAGAAUGUGAUCAAAUAGAAGAUGAAAAGAAACGAAAAGAAGAACAAGAAAAAUUAGAUGAAGAUUUAGUUAAAGCAAAACGAAAAAAACUAGGAAAUAUUUUUUUUAUUGGUGAAUUAUUUAAAAUACGAGUGUUAACAGAUGUGAUAAUGAACGGUUGUAUCGAUUAUUUACUCCGUGAUAAAACCGAUGAAGAAGCAUUGGAAUGCUUAGCUAAAUUAUUAAAAACAAUUGGAAAAGAAUUGGAACAAAAACCUACAAAUAAAAUAGCUUUAGAGAGAUAUUAUGAAAAAUUAAACGCUUUAGACAAAUAUUAUGAAAAAUUAGAACAAAUUGUCAUUCAACGAAAUACAUCAGCUCGUAUUCGAUUUAUGAUUCAAGAGUUACUCGAGUUAAGACGUGCUAAUUGGGUUGCUCGUCGAAUCGAAAUAAAACCAACAACUAUCGAUGAAAUACAUGAACAAGAACGUUUAAGACGUGAAACACAACAAAUACAACAGGAUUCUGAUCGACAACAACGACGAUUAGAAAAUCAUCAAUCAGGUGGUGAUAAUCAGGGACAACAGCAACGAAGUGGUAAUCAAUAUCAAGGUCAACAACGAGGAAGUAUGAAUAGACAACAGCGAGGUAUGGGUGGACAAGGACAAAAUGAUGAUGAGCCAAGAUUUAAUGUGAAUAGUGUGAAAUUAUUACAAAAUAAUAGAAGUGCACAACAACCUACAUUUGGUGGUCCAGCUAGUAUGAAAGUAUGGUGUAAAGGUUCAGGUUUAACUGAUAAACAGAAACAAGAUCAAGAACAAGAGCAGAGAAAUAAUCAACAACAAGCAUAUGGAAAUAGAGGUAAACCACCAACUGCUCCUGGUGGUCAAACAUCCGCCUCUCAAUAUACAUUUUCCAAUUCAAAAUCAUCAAAACAAUCACCAUCUAAAUAUGGAUCAAAUCAAGGUAAUUCGAUGCAACGUCAAUCAUCACGUGAAUUAGCCAUGGGUAACCGUGAUAGAGAUCGAGAAUCAGUUGUUCAAUCUCUAAAAACUAUUAAUAAUUUCAAACAUCCAUUAUCACAAUCAAAUUCAAGAGAAGGUAGUCGAAAUGUGUCUCGUGAACAAUCACGUAAUCCAUCUCGUGACAGUUCAAUAGGUGAAUCUCGAUUAUCAACCACAUCGAUUACAACACCAUCGACACCAUCAUCUAUUGAUCAAAUAACACCAUUGAGUACAUCCAAAAUACCAGAUGUACCAUUAACAGAAGAAAAAAUUAAACAACGAGUACAUUCACUUAUCGAAGAAUAUACAGAAAAUUAUUCAGAUAGAAAUGAUGGACCAGUACAAGAUGCCAUUCAAGAUUUAAUCGAUUUUCAUCUUCAAACAUCAAUGGAUCAACAAAUUGUUGUUCGUGAAUUAAUAACAAAUGUUUUAGAAUUAAAACCGCGAGCCAGGAUCGCUGUUGGACAUUUACUCGAUGCUGUACAAAGACAACAAAUAUUAACAAUAGAUGGUAUCACAAACGGAAUUUUAGCCGUAUUGGAAAUAGCUGAUGAUUUAGCUGUAGAUAUUCCAUUAGUUUGGCAAUAUAUUUGUGAAAUAGUGGGAACAUAUAUCGGUAGUUCUCAAACACAAUCCACAACAAAUAUUUCAAUAUUAAAGACAAUUAUGCAAAAUGUACCUGAUAUUAAAUCGAAAAAAAUGAUCACAGAUAUUAUUCAAUAUGCUCAAGAAUAUUCUGUAAGUAUAAAAAAAAAAACAUUAAACAAAAUUCUCUUCAUGAUCUGAGAAUUGAAUGUUUAAUUGUUAGCUCUUCAUAAAUAGAAUCAAAUAUGGACCAUGGAUUUUGUAGAUCAGAGCAAGAUCUUUUGCUUUUCACUCAUGAGGAAACCUUCCCAAGUAUCCAAUCGCCUUUUUCAUAAAACACACGCGAUUGUGGGUAAUCUGAUAUCCGUUUCUGCUACUUGACCUUUCUGGUAUGGGUUUAUGAAAUCUGGCUGUGCGAAGACUCACUAUGAACUUCAAGAUGAACAUAUUUUGGCAUUGCUAGAUUGUAGUACACAUUGAAUUACGUAUGUGGGAAAAUGUUCAGAAUCAACGAACAAAUUUUCGCAGAAAUUGAAAAAGUUUACUUUCUAAUCAAGUAGAGAACCAAAAUAUUUCAGUUUUUUGAUUUGAAUAAAUGCAGAAGUUUAAAUUACUAAUGCAGUCUAAGUGUAGUUCAAGUGCAUUUAGACGGAUUACAAGCUCAAUUUUAUUUUGAAUGAAUAAUUAUUGAUUGAAAUUCUUUUGCAAUGUAUUUAAGGCAAAAUAAAACUGUCCCAAAAAUUCGACGGGAUCCGUAGCAACGGCAUUCCAUGGCCGUUAGAUCAAUAAAAGAUUACUAACCACUGAGAAUUAAUCUCAAACAGUGGUGACGGAAACAAUUCAAAUGUUUCAAAAUAUUUUGAGGAAUGAGU